AUGAAGGCUCUCAUCCUCGUGGGUGGCUUCGGCACCCGUCUGCGACCUCUGACCUUGACCCUCCCAAAGCCCCUCGUCGAGUUUGCCAACAAGCCCAUGAUCAAGCACCAGGUCCAGGCUCUGGCUGAGGCUGGUGUGACUGAUAUUGUCCUCGCUGUCAACUACCGCCCAGAGAUCAUGGAAGCCCACCUGAAGGAGUACGAGAAAGAGUUUGGCGUCACGAUCACCUUCUCUGUUGAGCAGGAGCCCCUGGGCACCGCCGGUCCCCUGAAGCUUGCCGCCGAGGUCCUCGGCAAGGAUGACCGCCCCUUCUUCGUCCUCAACUCCGAUGUCACCUGCGAAUACCCGUUUAAGGAACUGGCUGCGUUCCACAAGGCACACGGCGAUGAGGGCACCAUUGUGGUCACCAAGGUUGAGGAGCCGUCCAAGUAUGGUGUGAUCGUGCACAAGCCUAACCACCCCUCGCGCAUCGACCGCUUCGUCGAGAAGCCUGUCGAGUUCGUCGGCAACCGCAUCAACGCCGGCAUUUACAUCCUCAACACCUCGGUCCUCGACCGCAUCGACCUGCGCCCCACGUCCAUCGAGCAGGAGACCUUCCCCGCCAUGGUCAAGGACGGCCAGCUGCACUCAUUCGACCUCGAGGGCUUCUGGAUGGACGUUGGCCAGCCCAAGGACUUCCUCUCCGGAACCUGCCUGUACCUCGGCUCCCUGGCCCGCAAGGGAUCCAAACUCCUCGCACCCGCCACCGAACCCUUCGUCUUUGGCGGCAAUGUCAUGGUCGACCCCUCGGCCAAGAUCGGCAAGAACUGCAAGAUUGGCCCCAACGUCACCAUCGGCCCCAAUGUGGUCAUUGGCGACGGCGUGCGCCUGCAGCGGUGUGUUAUCCUGUCCGGCUCCAAGGUCAAGGACCAUGCCUGGGUCAAGAGCGCCAUCGUGGGCUGGAACAGCAGUGUGGGCAAGUGGGCACGCCUGGAGAACGUGACCGUCCUGGGUGACGAUGUCACCAUCGGCGACGAGAUCUAUGUCAAUGGUGGCAGUGUUCUGCCCCACAAGUCCAUCAAGGCCAACGUUGACGUUCCUGCGAUCAUCAUGUAG